AUGGAACAUAAUCCGCAGCCGCAGCCGCAGCCGAAGCCGAAGCCGGAGCCGGAGCCGGAGCCGGAGCCGGAGCCGGAGCCGCCGAGCCGGAGCCGGAGCCGGAGCCGGAGCCGAAGCCGAAGCCGAAGCCGAAGCCGGAGCCGGAGCCGGAGCCGGAGCCGGAGCCGGAGCCGAAGCCGAAGCCGAAGCCGAAGCCGAAGCCGAAGCCGAAGCCGCUUGUUCACGCCGGUGCGGGAGAGAACAUUGUACGAGGAAACAAAGAAUCUAUCAAAAAUCUUCUGGACAUUUGAGGGGCUGCUCAAGCACCUUACAGAACAGAUAAGCGAGACGUCUUCUCAAAGUGGAGGUGAUCCAGACCCCAGGGAUCUUGAGGACCAACACAAAGAGGCUCCCCCUGCAGCCAAGCCGUCGUCAUCCAGAGGGUCCUCCCAGUCGUCUCUCCCAUCCUGGGGUGCUGAGGGCUCUGAGUCCACGACUGAGCUGAUCCAGCUGGGGGACUCGGCCCACACGUUCAUCACCAAACAAGACAAGCCCACCGCCCCCCUGCCCAGCACGCUCACCUCCUCGGACCCCCCCCGAACGCCAGUGCCACCCAGCUGGGGCACCCCAUUCAGCAGGCUAUCCCCCUGCAGCCCCCCUACCAGCUCCCGCAGCACAGACCCGACCCGUGGAGCACCCAGCCACCGCCCCCUCUGCAAACAAGCUCCGUCUCGGUCCCCAAGAGAAUGGCGUUCCGCACGCAGCCUGACAUCUGGCUGCUGAGCCUGCAGGACAGGCUGGAGGAAUCGGAGCUCUGGAGCUCCGAGGAGGAGGGGGACCCCACCGAUCUCCUCAACCACACCUGCCAGCGAGAUCACAGAGCCCCGCAAUGAGAGCACCUUCAUCAAUGACAGCAGCCUGUGUGACGGUGGUGUGGUGGAGCCGCUGUCCCGGCGGAGAGUGAGGAACAAGCUGGCAGAGCAGGAGCUGCAG